AUGCUGGUUCCCGAGCUCUACCGAAAUAUCAGCAUCCAUGGAUCCAACAGCUUCCAAAAGCUCAAGUGCUUCAUUCAGUUUCUGAUUGACAACAAAGAUGUUGCCGUCAACAUCCGAAGACUGUAUCUACACUUAGAUCCUAGCAACAUGGAGACCAAGGAUUUUACAGAGGCAGAUCUCGAAUGGAGUCACUGGGCUGCUAGACAGUCGGGCGCCCCGUCACCGUACUACCUCUGGCACUCGGAAGAUGGACAGCUUCUCCAAAUGUCGGAAUCUCGAUGCUCCAGAACUCGGAUCUUACACCUUGGCAUUCUUCUCGAGAUCAUUCUUUCGCGUGUACACGGAGUACAAGAGCUAGGUCUCGCAGUGCCGGGAGGCCUGUUUUGCGAUCAGUACGGCCCAUGGUCCAGAACCGAGCUCGAUGGCCUACUAUGGACAGGGGAGCCAGGCCCUUCAGAUCCCCUCAAGAUUCAGACCUUUCGGGGUGUUCAGCGACCACUUCCGAAUAUCAAGAUGCUCGCUAAGAUCCGAGGAAUGAUCCAAGGCUGCUCCUCCCUUGUCUCUUUCAAGUAUCUGAACUCCCGGGCAGAUGCAUACGUUCCACACUGGCCUGUGUCACCCGAAGAGGUUGUUACCAUACUCCGGGAGCACCAGAACACGACGACUACCCUCCUCACUCUCUGCCUUGAUCUCAAUGACUGGUAUCGUGGAGAGUAUGAGGCUAUCAGAAGUCUUUCGGACUUCAGUAAUCUGGAGAAUCUCUGGGUCGAUGCCUCGAGUAACGAUCUCGGCGAUAAUGGUGACGACUGGACUUUCUCGAUUAUGAAUGAUGGUGACGGCUAUGGCGGCGGAAGCUACCUGCAAGAUGGUGAUGCUAAGGAGGAAGACAUUGGCGAGACCAACAAAGACACCACUUUGUCAUACCAGGAACGAUUCAUUAGGGCGGGUAUCGAAUCUCCGAGCACCCUGUGCACGCUUGGAGAGUUGUGGUAA